AUGACAGAAACAGAAACAGCUGUAGUUGAAUCCCCCGCCGAGGCCAUCGUCAUUCCCUCAGCGGAGCCCGUCGUCGCCGAUGCACCUCCGGCCGAGCCCAUCGAAAAGAGCCUCAACUCCAACUCCAACUCCAACAUCAACAUCAACAGCAAAGGCAAAAAUGUCGCACAAAAAUCUAGUCCUCUCGCGCGACUCCUCAAGUCGCCAUCUGCCGUAGAUGACUUCGUCGAACAUCUCAACCGCGUCAUUCAGACGCGAAGAGGCACAGAUACUGUCCUCCUCUUCACAACUUAUACCGCCCGCUUGAUCGGUGCUAUUCUCAACAUCCUGGGUCGGACUACUCUUCGUCACUCCGCUCGCAAGGUCGUCGAGAUGGCUUUCAAGCUACCGCCCUCGACCUCAGUCGUCCUCUCUACCGCGACUGCGCCGCCUCUUGCUACUCUAGCCCUCAACCUGUCCAGAUACAUCCAGGGCUUCACCAACAUGCUGGGUGAGUGGCGCACUAUGAACCGUAUGUGGGGUAUAAUCGGUACAUAUCUCGAGGCCAAGGAUCUGAUCCUUCGUCUACGUGGUCAAAAACUCGACGCAAAUGGUGCAAAGGUGCCUGCUCCGAAUCGAGUCAACACUGCUUUCAUGACUGUACAGAUCAUUUGCAACUUGGUCUACAACGUCGGCGAGGGCGCUUGCUGGCUGACUUGUAAGGGCGCUACCAACCUGUCGCCAAAGACGAGCGCCAAGCUAGGUAUCAUGGCCGCCCGCUCAUGGUGUGCGUGGGUCGCCCUCGAGCUCGUCCGUUUGCUGGUUGAACGUGCGCGCCGAGCGACAAGCAGCGAUGUCGCCGAUGAAGAGGAGUGGAAGAAUAACUGGAAGGCUGAGGUCCUUGGUACACUUCCAUGGAUGCCUCUGUCGGCUCACUGGAGCACUGAAGAAGGGCUGAUGCCAGAGCUGAUGGUCGCAGCUAUUGCUACAUGGCCCGCUACCAAUAUGAUGAAGAGUGUGUGGCGCCAGACAGCCUAG